ACAGUUCUUCUGUCUUGUCAUGGAACCUUCAUACCGUCUUACUCCUGCCGCUGAGCCGAAAGCCGCCUCCGUCCGGGACACCGCAGGCAGCCUCGGCCUGCACGACACGCUCAAGCAUGGUCCCCGGAGUCUCGCAACCGAUGUUGCCGCUGGUCCUUCCACCGCAUUACAGUCAAGACUGCAGAAUUGGGAGGAAACGCAGGACAACCUCAAGCUCACCUUGCAGCGGAACCUCAAUGGCCUCCACGCCCCAAUGCGUCUGCUCAUGGAGCGCAAGAUUGUUGGCUUUUCACCUCACAUGCCCGCCAUGCCCCGAUCUAACAUCCACCUCGAUAUACUGAUGGGACGUGACGAGGAGCUCGACACCUCUGACUUCAUGGGUGGCGUCGAGAGCGGUCCGCCCAUGGACAUCCACGGAGAGAUGGAGAAGAAGCUCCGCAUGUAAUCUACAUUUCUGAACAACCUGUUGUAUCAUGCCACGCGCGGAAGCCACCUCUUGGCUAAGUC